AUGCCCGCUGGUUGUGAGAGGUUCGGGUGCUGGUGGAGCGCCCUCCCGGACUGGGGAUGUGCCCCCCGCCCCACGGCGGGCACUGCCGUCUCCCGCCCUUUGCCCAAGCGUGGCCGCACACGCGUGUCCGGCCGGCAGUGCCCCGAACGCUGCCAGCACCGGGGCGGGGGGGGGGGGGGGAGGCUGGCGAUCCCCGCCACAGCUCCGCUCCCCCGGGGCCCUACCAGCGCCGGGCAGCGGUGUCCGCAGCGCACCUGCCCCACGCGUGGUAUGCCUGCCCCACGCACAGCAUCCCUGCCGCUGGCACGGUGUUCCUGCCGCUGCCAUCACUUGGUCGGGACGCGGGGGACCGCGGUGACGGGAUAGCUCGGAGGGUGCUGUCACGCCGCGGGGGUGCGCGGGGGUGGUCGUUACGCGGGGAGUAUGCGGGACUGUAUCGGUGAUGCUGCAGACGCGGACGGUCCAGAGCACGGCUGUCCCCGGCUACCCCCCGGGCAGGAGCCGGUGGGAGCGGGGGCGGCCGGCUGGACCCCGAGGGCUUGGUCGCUCCAGCGGCCGGUCCGUGGGGUCUUUGGCCGUGAGUACGGUGCUCAGCAAAGCGCAACUGUGGCCAACCCAGCAUCUGGUGCGUCCCCGGACCUGCUGCCACACUUCCAGCUGGAGCCAGAGGAUGUCUACAUUGUGAAGAACAAGGCAGUGAGCCUGGCCUGCCGUGCCACCCCUGCCACCCAGAUCUACUUCAAGUGCAAUGGCGAGUGGGUGCACCAAGGUGACCAUGUUACGCAGCACAGCACUGACCACAGCACUGGGCUGCCAGUGAUGGAAGUGCACAUCGAGGUCACCCGCCAGCAAGUUGAGAAGAUCUUUGGGCUGGAGGAGUACUGGUGCCAGUGCGUGGCCUGGAGCUCUUCUGGCACCACCAAGAGCCAGAAAGCCUUUGUGCGCAUCGCCUAUCUGCGCAAGAACUUCGAGCAGGAGCCGACAGCCAGGGAGGUCUCCAUUGAGCAGGGCAUCGUGCUGCCAUGCCGCCCUCCCGAGGGCAUCCCUCCUGCCGAGGUGGAGUGGCUGCGCAAUGAGGAGCUGGUGGAUCCGGCACUGGAUGCCAAUGUCUACGUGACGCCAGAGCACAGCCUGGUGCUGCGUCAGGCCCGCCUAGCAGACACUGCCAACUACACCUGCGUGGCUAAAAACAUCGUGGCCCGUCGCCGCAGCGCCUCUGCUGCCAUCACUGUCUACGUGAACGGCGGCUGGUCGACGUGGACGCAGUGGUCAGGCUGCAGCACCAGCUGUGGACGGGGCUGGCAGAAGCGGAGCCGGACGUGCACCAACCCCACACCCCUCAAUGGGGGUGCUUUCUGUGAGGGCCAAAAUGUGCAGAAAACAGCCUGCACCACCCUCUGCCCAGUGGACGGCGCCUGGUCAGAGUGGAGCAAGUGGUCGGAGUGCGGGGCCGAAUGCACCCACUGGCGUAGCCGCGAGUGCUCGGAGCCAGCACCACGCAACGGAGGCCGAGAUUGUCACGGCCCCGAGCUGGACACCCGCAACUGCACCUCUGAGCUCUGCACCCACGCUGCCCCCGGAGCAGAAGACGUAGCACUGUACGUGGGGCUGGUGGCCGUGGCCGUGUGCCUGGUGCUGCUGCUGCUGGUGGGGGUGUUGGUGUACUGCCGCAAGAAGGGGGGCCUGGACGCUGAUGUGGCUGAUUCCUCCAUCCUCACUGCCGGAUUCCAGCCUGUCAGCAUCAAACCCAGCAAGGCUGACAAUCCAAGCCUGCUCACCAUCCAGCCAGACCUCAGCACUACCACCAUGACCUAUCAGGGCUCACUCUGCCCACGCCAGGAUGGCCCUGCCAAGCUCCAGCUGCCCAAUGGGCACUUGCUGAGCCCGCUGGGUGCUGGACGGCACACGCUGCACCACAGCUCACCUGCCGCCGAGGGUGCUGACUUCGUGGCCCGGCUCUCCACACAGAGCUACUUCCGCUCCCUGCCCCGCGGCAUCAACAACAUGGCCUAUGGCACCUUCAACUUCUUGGGGGGGCGGCUCAUGAUCCCCAACACAGGGAUCAGCCUGCUCAUCCCACCUGAUGCCAUCCCAAGGGGGAAGAUCUAUGAGGUCUACCUGACCCUACACAAGCAGGAGGAGGUGAGGCUGCCCCUGGCUGGCUGCCAGACGCUGCUGAGCCCCAUCGUCAGCUGUGGCCCCCCUGGGGUCCUCCUCACCCGCCCCGCCAUCCUGGCCAUGGGGCACUGCGUGGAAGCCAGUGCUGAGAACUGGAGCAUCCGACUGAAAAAGCAGUCGUGCGAGGGCACAUGGGAGGACGUGCUGCAGCUGGGCGCUGAGCCGUGCACAGAGCUGUACUACUGCCAGCUGGAAGCGCAGGCUUGCUACGUGUUCACGGAGCAGCUGGGACGCUUUGCCCUGGUCGGGGAGUCCCUCAGCAUGGCGGCCUCCAAGCGCCUCAAGCUGGUCCUGUUCGCGCCGGCUGCCUGCCCCUCUCUCGAGUACAACAUCCGCGUCUACUGCCUCAGUGACACCCAGGACGUCCUCAAGGAGGUGAUCCAGCUGGAGAAGCAGCUGGGAGGGCAGCUGAUCGGAGCCCCCCGGGUGCUGCACUUCAAGGACAGCUACCACAACCUGCGCCUCUCCAUCCACGAUAUGCCCAGCUCCCUCUGGAAGAGCAAGCUCCUCGCCAGCUACCAGGAGAUCCCCUUCUACCACAUCUGGAGUGGGCUGCAGCCCUUCCUGCACUGCACCUUCACCCUGGAGCGUCUGAGCACCAGCACCUGUGAGCUGGCCUGCAAGAUCUGGGUCUGGCAGGUGGAGGGAGACGGGCAGAGCUUCACCGUCAACUUCAACAUCGCCAAGGACACGAGGUUUUCAGACUGGCUGGUCCCUGAUGAGGUGGGCACCCCGGCUCUGGUGGGCCCCAGUGCCUUCAAGAUCCCCUUCCUCAUCCGCCAAAAGAUCAUCAGCAGCCUGGACCCUCCAGGCACACGGGGAGCUGACUGGAGGACACUGGCACAAAAGCUCAACCUUGACAGCCAUCUCAGCUUCUUCGCCUCGAAGGCCAGCCCCACAGCCAUGAUCCUCAACUUGUGGGAAGCACGGCACUUCCCCAAUGGCAACCUCUCCCAGCUGGCUGCUGCCGUGGCUGAGGUCGGCAAGCAGGACGGUGCCCUCUUCUCCGAGGCUGAAUGCUGA